CCGAGGAGCAGAGUCAGUGUUUUUUUUUCUUGUUGCUAGUGCGCUGAGGUAAUGGCGGCGUCUCGUCGCUCAUCGCAGCAGCAGCAGCAACAAAACACAUUACAGUCUCCGCCAAGAAGCAGCUCCCUCUCCGGAGCUCCGCCGGCCGCGCCGCCGAUGGCUCUGCUCACCUCGGCCGUCGGGCCUCCGGAGAUCACCGAGCGCGAGUGCAGCGGGGGGACCGAGCCAGCGCUGGCCUCGCCGGACCUCCCAGCCCCGGCCCUGGCGAGCAGCGCCAGCUCCACCACCUCCACCUCCAGCCCCGGCUCCGGCGCCAGCAGUCCCGCGGAUGCCAUCGGCGGCAUCGGCGGCGCCUUCAGGGAGCUGUUCGAGGCUUGUCGGAACGGAGACGUUUCCAGAGUGAAGAGACUUGUGGACUCGGUGAACGUGAACGCGAAGGACAUGGCUGGUCGGAAAUCGACUCCCCUUCACUUCGCUGCGGGAUUUGGCAGAAAAGAUGUGGUGGAGCAUCUUCUGCAGACCGGUGCCAAUGUUCACGCCCGAGAUGACGGAGGUCUCAUCCCUCUUCACAACGCCUGCUCCUUCGGCCACGCAGAGGUGGUGAGCCUCCUCCUGUGCCAGGGGGCAGACCCGAAUGCCAGAGACAACUGGAACUACACUCCGCUGCAUGAGGCUGCCAUUAAGGGCAAGAUAGACGUGUGCAUUGUUUUGCUCCAGCACGGUGCGGAUCCGAACAUCCGCAACACUGAUGGGAAAUCGGCUCUAGAUCUGGCUGAUCCUUCAGCCAAGGCUGUGCUCACUGGUGAAUACAAGAAGGAUGAGCUUCUGGAGGCAGCAAGGAGCGGAAAUGAGGAUAAACUGAUGGCUCUGCUGACCCCGUUAAACGUUAACUGCCAUGCCAGCGACGGCCGCAAGUCUACAUCCCAAAAAAUGCUGUCCACGCCGCUCCACCUGGCCGCCGGCUACAACCGCGUGCGAAUAGUUCAGCUGCUGCUGCAGCAUGGAGCCGACGUCCACGCCAAGGAUAAGGGUGGCCUGGUCCCGCUUCAUAACGCCUGCUCCUACGGACACUUCGAGGUCACAGAGCUUCUGCUGAAACAUGGUGCGUGUGUCAACGCCAUGGACCUGUGGCAGUUCACCCCCCUCCAUGAGGCGGCGUCCAAAAACCGGGUGGAGGUUUGCUCCCUGCUGCUGAGCCACGGCGCCGACCCGACUCUGCUCAAUUGUCACAGCAAAAGUGCGGUGGACAUGGCUCCGACUCCUGAGCUGAAGGAGAGACUCACCUAUGAAUUCAAAGGUCAUUCGCUGCUUCAAGCAGCCCGAGAGGCUGAUAUGGCCAAAGUGAAGAAGACCCUGGCUCUGGAAGUCAUCAGCUUCAAACACCCUCAGACCAAUGAGACCGCUCUGCACUGCGCCGUGGCCUCCCCCCACCCCAAGAGGAAGCAGGUGACGGAGCUGCUGCUGCGUAAAGGUGCCAACAUCAAUGAGAAGAACAAAGACUUCAUGACUCCGCUGCACGUGGCUGCUGAGCGAGCUCACAAUGACAUCCUGGAGGUGCUGCAGAAGCACGGAGCCAAGGUGAAUGCAGUGGACACGCUGGGCCAGACCGCCCUGCACCGAGCGGCACUGGCAGGUCACAUCCAGACCUGCAAGCUGCUGCUCAGCUACGGCGCCGACCCGUCCAUAGUGUCUCUGCAGGGAUUCACCGCAGCUCAGAUGGGCAAUGAAGCAGUGCAGCAGAUUCUCAACGAAAAUGUUCCCACCCGCAACUCAGACGUCGACUACAGGUUUCUGGAGGCAGCCAAGGCUGGAGAUCUGGACACCGUGCAGCAACUGUGCACCCCUCAGAACGUGAACUGCAGAGACCUGGAGGGUCGCCACUCCACGCCGCUGCACUUUGCUGCAGGUUACAACCGCGUGGCCGUGGUGGAGUACCUGCUGCACCACGGAGCAGAUGUCCACGCUAAAGACAAAGGCGGCCUCGUUCCUCUCCACAACGCCUGUUCCUACGGUCACUACGAAGUAGCUGAGCUGCUGGUCAGACACGGAGCUUCGGUGAACGUGGCCGACCUGUGGAAGUUCACGCCACUUCAUGAGGCCGCCGCCAAAGGCAAAUACGAAAUCUGCAAGCUGCUUCUCAAGCAUGGAGCAGAUCCGUCUAAGAAGAACCGCGACGGCAACAUGCCGCUGGACAUGGUGAAGGACGGGGACACCGACAUCCAGGACCUGCUGAGGGGCGACGCUGCUCUGCUGGACGCCGCAAAGAAAGGCUGCCUGGCUCGAGUGCAGAAACUCUGCUCCCCAGAGAACAUCAACUGCAGGGACACACAGGGCCGAAACUCCACGCCGCUCCACCUGGCAGCGGGCUACAACAACCUGGAGGUGGCUGAGUAUUUGCUGGAGCACGGCGCGGACGUCAACGCCCAGGACAAGGGGGGGCUGAUACCCCUGCACAACGCUGCCUCCUACGGGCACGUGGACAUCGCAGCUCUGCUGAUCAAGUACAACACCUGUGUGAACGCGACAGACAAGUGGGCCUUCACUCCGCUUCACGAGGCGGCUCAGAAGGGCCGGACGCAGCUCUGCGCUCUGCUGCUGGCUCACGGAGCCGACCCCACCAUGAAGAACCAGGAGGGCCAGACCGCGCUGGACCUGGCCACGGCCGACGACAUCCGGGCGCUGCUGAUGGACGCCAUGCCUCCAGACGCCCUGCCCACUUGCUUCAAGCCCCAGGCCACCGUGGUCAGCGCCUCCGUCAUCUCGCCGGCCUCCACGCCGUCGUGCCUCUCGGCCGCCAGCAGCAUAGACAAUCUGGCCGGGCCGCUCACGGAGCUCGCCGCUGCUGCUGCCGCCGCGUCCGCUUCCUCUGGAGUUGCUGAUGGAGCAGCAGGCGCCGACCGUAAAGAAGGAGAACUCGCCAUGUUGGACAUGAACAUCAGUCAGUUCCUGAAGAGUCUGGGUCUGGAGCACCUGAGGGACAUCUUCGAGAGGGAGCAGAUCACGCUGGACGUCCUGGCUGACAUGGGCCACGAGGAGCUGAAGGAGAUCGGGAUUAACGCCUACGGCCACAGACACAAGCUGAUCAAGGGCAUCGAGAGGCUGUUGGGCGGCCAGCAAGGGGCCAACCCGUACCUGACAUUCCACUGCGCCAACCAGGGCACCGUCCUGAUCGACCUGGCCCCGGACGACAAGGAGUACCAGUCCGUUGAGGAGGAGAUGCAGAGCACCAUCAGGGAGCACCGAGACGGAGGCAACGCCGGCGGAGUGUUCAGCCGAUACAACAUCAUCAAGAUCCAGAAGGUGGUGAACAAGAAGCUGAGGGAGAGAUACACACAUCGGCAGAAGGAGAUCGCGGAUGAGAACCACAACCACCACAACGAACGCAUGCUGUUCCACGGUUCUCCCUUCAUCAACGCCAUCAUCCACAAAGGCUUUGACGAGCGACACGCCUACAUCGGCGGAAUGUUCGGCGCCGGAAUCUACUUUGCCGAGAACUCAUCCAAGAGCAACCAGUACGUGUACGGCAUCGGCGGAGGAACAGGCUGCCCGACGCACAAAGACCGCUCCUGUUACCUGUGUCACAGACAAAUGCUGUUCUGCCGAGUCACCCUGGGCAAGUCCUUCCUGCAGUUCAGCGCCAUGAAGAUGGCUCACGCGCCGCCGGGUCACCACUCUGUGAUCGGGCGGCCCAGCGUCAACGGCCUGGCCUACGCCGAGUACGUCAUCUACCGAGGAGAGCAGGCCUUCCCAGAGUACCUCAUCACCUACCAGAUCCUCAAACCGGAGAGUGUGGCACAGUCGGCCGCCGGUGCCGAGCAGAAGUCGUAGUCGCUCGCCGCUCCGCGUGGAAUCCUUCGAGCAUCAGACACAUUUCCAGUUUCCAUGGUGACCAGUGCUUCAUGAGCAGAUAUGCUGUAAAAUAAUCGACUCGUGGUUUUGACCCGUCACUUCUCACUCUAGUGCAUCGGCUGCAUGUUAGGACAGAAGCAUGUUAGGCCCAAUAGCGUGUGUGGGUUCAGUAUCCUGCCCCCCCAACCCCACCCCUUCCACCUGGAGGUUUCCUGUAGAGAUGUUAGGGAUUUGACAUUAACACUGCACCUCAUUUUUUGUUUUUAUUUUUUGGUCCAUGUGACUUUGCAGUCCAGACAUGCACACCCCCCCGUUUACAGUCCCCCCCCCCAACCCUGGCCACCACCACCGCUUCACUGGUUACAUUGUGACACUACCCGAACUAGCGUUAGCAUUAGCGGCUGUCAACGGUCCCGAACUCUCAGAAAGGUCAAGCGCAAUGUCAGGCGUCCCAGUCAGUCGCCACCGCACAUCACCGCGUCAAACGUAUCAGGAGUGGCGCCGCGUCGGAUCGUGACGAUUCAGAAACGGCCCCCCACCCCCUGCACCACUCCGCCGCCAGCGUCUUCACACGGACAUAAGGAUUUGCACUUUUACAUAGAAACCUAUUUAAGUUAUUUUGAAUUUAAAUUGCAAAUUUUUGGGAAAAAAUAUUUGUACAGUUUGUGUAAAUGGUUGUGUAUAACUGUUGUCAUUGAGUUGACCUUCAAAUGACAUGGAGUUUGCUUUCAUGCCUUCUUCUCCCCAAGUUUUUUCAAUAAAUGUCCCAUAACGUUUU